AUAGAGUGAAAAAGUGAAAAUAGAAAGCGGUGGUUUACCUGGUAGUGGAGGAUCGGAUCGGACCGGAUGGGAUCUGAUGGGAAUGAGGUGGAGGGGAAGAUUGGCGGUAUAAGAAGGAGAUGGAAGUGCCGUGAUGAUGAUGAACAGAUUUUGCUAAAUUCGGAGAUUUCUUUACAUCCAAUCGGUACACCACUAGUGCUGGCGGUGGGCGUCAUGCGAAGAACGCAGUCUACCGGCAACGGUCACGCGAUAUUUACAUCUGCGUCCAUAUUUUGUGGCGAAAGUGACAAACCUAUCUAUUUGCUGGCUGGCAGCCAUGAGAGAGUAGUCCCAUUUCUUUCUUCCUUUCUGUUGCCUGGCUUCCGCGGUGAUUGCGUCAGGAACGGUUUCGAAGCUCACUAUUGUGUGCGUGGAGUGGCCUCCAUCUUCUAACACUCUCCCUCCCUUUCUACCAAAAUCUAAUAUAUACUCCGUAAUAAAAUAUUAUUGUCACA